AUCUACUCGUUUGAAAAUAUGAAUAUAUGGAAAUAGUCCACUCCGUACAGAGUCCGCUCCGUACAGAGUCCGCUCCAUACCUUCUGACAGGUCUGAGGCUCAACAGAUAUGAGAUGUUUUCAUAGAUCGACGAGACACUGAAUCCCAAACGAGGGCACGGGAUAUUGGAGAGAGCCCAGCAUAUCUGAGCAAGAUGGCAGCUAAACAGCACAUGGUUCACUGAUUCACCCUCAAAGCCAUACAACUGACAUCUAUCAUCACAUUUCAUACCUCUUUCUAUUAAGCAUACAGCAACGGGCAGAGCUUGCGAAAGCGCCUUCCAAAUGAAGGUCUUAAUCUUAGGAGCCGUCUGAACCUUCCAAGACUUGGCUUUAAGAACAUUGAUCGAAGGUAAAGCCUGCAUAACUCUUCGAAACUCUUUGGAUUUGUCCUGAGGCGCUAACCAGUAUCCAGAUUUGACCGAGUAAGUUCCAGAUUUGUUGAAUUUCCAAACCCAAAAAUCUUCCUUAGAAACCACCGGUUGGUUCUUGAGCAUGAUCUGAAUGUCGGAAGGCACGAAGACCUCCUCUAGUGCCUGAAGGUUCCAUCUUCUACUCUGAAAAUCAAUCAGCUCCCAGCUCUCAGAUUAACAUUGAAAGGUGCAGUUUUUAAUCCAUGGAGCACCAAGGCCAUAACCAUCCUCUUCAUCUUCCAGCCAUUUAUCAGUCCAAACAGAGAUGGAGUUUCCAUCACCCACCCUUUUCCGUAAGCCCUUGUCAAAUUGGCACUCUAUCCUUGUUAUUUUUUAAUCUCUAUUAAAAUUGAAUAAUUAGGAAAAACCUAAAAUAAUUUAAUAUUAUUAGUGACAAUGGCUUUGAAAAUAUUUGUGUACAGCAAAAAUGUAUUGUUUUCCUUCCUCAACCUCUGGUUAGCUUUUCUUAUCAAUCUGGUCUCGGCACAACACCACCAAACAUUCUGUCUCGAACCAAAUCUGGAGAUGAUGCAUUUGGUUUCUUAGGCAUUUCCUUUAAGAACAAGGGUCUUCUUUUUAAAAAAAAAAACGAGUUGAUGCAUUUGGUUUCCCAUGCUCUAAAUUGAAACGAUCUGAUUUAGUAAUAAAAUCUAACCAUUUGAAAAUAUAUAGAAAGAGAGAAAUAAACUUAUUGUACAUGAAGGAAGAGGUGAACCGUCGAAGAGAUUAUUAAAGGUGUUCUCGAAUUUCAUAUUUUGUCUAUGUAAACUAAAUGUGGUGACGAAGAAGUCAAUUAGAGAUCAGCGUUCACAUACGUAAAAAUAAAUUAGAAAGAAAAAAAAAACAUUCAAAUUAGACAAGCGUUAAACGAAAGAAAGAAGCUGGGCAGUGAGUGGAUGUAGUGAGGUAAAUUUCACCUCAACCUCCUUUUGAUGGGUUUUUGGCUCUCGCAAAAUGAAAUGUAACUCAUGUUUCUGAUUAUAGACCUAACCCUAUUAUUGCCUGGAAAGUUUGCUCUUGGGGAUGCAGCUGGAAACUACAACUGUGGUUUGGAGUGUCUCUUUAGGUUUUAUAGUUAUGGUCUGGAGAGGCAAUUCGAUGAGGAGCUUUACAAGGACUUUGAGCAGCUAUCACUUGACUUCUACCACAAGGGAAACUUAUAUGGCUUGGAGAAAUAUUGGGCAUUCCAUCAUUACCGAGGCCAAAAAGAACCGAUAGAGAAGCGCCCUGAGCUAGAGAAGCUACUGAAUGAAGAAGAAUACCGUAGUAUAGCUGAUUUUCCGAACAAAGGAUCUCACAUCACCAGCCAAAAGGAAAACAAAUCUCAGUAAUGAUUUUGUAGAGACGAAGAGGAGAGACGUAUCAUAUGCUUGCCACUGAGCAAAUGACCCUCUUAAAUCUUGACAUACAUUUUUUUUUUUGUGUAUCUCUGCUCCUGGGGAAGAGAGCAACCAAGUGAAGCCAUCACUCUGAUUUUUUUAAGGAUAUUUUCCUCGGUGUUGUUUUCUUUUCUGGGGCUUUUUGUAUA